AUGGUACCCCUGCUAAAAACCAAUGAACUUAUAUAUAAAACUCUUAAUUAUACUUUAGAUAUUUUUGAAAUAUCUAAUGAAAAAAAAAUGUUAAAUAUAUUUCAUAAAAUAAAUGAAUUAAUUUAUUUAAGAGGAGAAAAAAGUGUUUUAAAUGAUGGAAAUAAAAUACAUUUUGCGAAAUAUAGUGAUCUAAUAAAAGAAAUGGAAAUAUAUUGUGAGAUGAACAAAAAAUGUUUAUAUUUAUAUGAAAACAAAGAAAUAACUUAUAAGUUAAUUAAAUGUUUUGAAAAAUGUUUUAAUAAUACUUUUAUAGAUAAUAGUAAAAUAUAUCCAAUAUUUAAAUUAAAUAUAAAAGAUUUUUUAAAUUUGCAUAUACAUAAACACAUAAGUUCACAAGAGUUUCAAUUUUUCCUGUUUUUAUAUUUAGAAAAAUUCUUGUAUUCUUUUUCUUUAUUUUCAUACAAAUACUCUAUUAAGAAUUUAUCAGAAGGUGUCAUAUUAUAUAAUUUUGAAAAUGUAAACACAGUGGAUCUUAAUAAUGCUUUUUUUUAUUUAUUAAUGAGAGAUAUAAAUUGUAUUAUUUCAAUAAUUAUUCCAAUUUAUAUUAAUACUAUUUUAAUUUACAAAAGUAGAAAUUUAAAGGAAAAGAUAUAUAAGAUAUAUAAUUUAAUCGAAAACAAAAGUUGUAAAACCAUAUUUAUAGAAGAAGAAGAUGAUUUAUUAGAUGUAAUUAAAUUAGAAAACACUUAUGCUCAUCAUAUUACAACAAAAAAUAAAGAAAAAAAUACUCUUUGCGAUUAUAACAAUUUUUUUUUAUUAAAUAUUAUUCUUGAUGAAAAUCAUAAUGAUACAGAGAAUUUUGUGGAACAUUUUGAUUUAAGUGAAAUGCUUAUAAAAGCUCAUAUAAAUUUUAUGAAAAUACAUAAAAAAUUAAAAAGAAAAAUAGAAAUUCAAAAUAAUUAUAUUCAAAAAAAAAAUUCUAAAUUAAAUUUAUGUAAAAAUAAUUUAGAAACUAAAAAUGGGAAAGAAAAGUUAGAUGAUAAGGAAAAAAUGAAUUUUCUUGAAAAAAACGUAUUUUCUAAUAUUUUUGAUUUUAAAUACUUCAUAGAUGCAGCAAAUAAAUACCAUGAAGAUGCUUUAAUUAAAAAUGAAACAGAAAAAAAAAUAAUAGACUUUAUUACACAAAGUAAUUUACAUAAUAGAAAGAUUAUAAACAAAAAAAUUCAAGAUGUCAGUAUUGGUGAUAUGUAUAUUUAUUACAGAAAAAAUGAAAGUAAAAAAGAAAUAAAGAAAGAAAAAGCAUUUAUAGAUUUAGAAAAAGUUUUUAGGAAAAACGUUACUACUUGCAUAUUCAGAGAUAACUUAAAUUAG